GCCCAGCAAAUUGCGCUAUAUCAAGCAAAGCAGAUAUAUACCGCAUAUAUGAACAAUGUCAAGUAUCGCUUUGGACAACAUUUGCGGCGCCUGGUUAAUCUGCUUCUUGACAUCAAAAACCGGCGAAACAACCUUAAAACACAAUUGCAAAACGAGGGCUUAUCUCAACGUGAAAUAUCAGCAAGACUCACAACAGAAAUCUACGAGCCCGCUAAGUAG